AUGGCUCUACCUCGAUCAGAGUAUCUCUCCGACGUCUGGCGGAACGGUAUUUUCGACAACAAAGUCGUCUUCUGUACUGGCGGAGCAGGUUCGAUAUGUUCCGCUCAAGUGCGUGCAAUGGUUCACCUAGGUGCCAACGCGUGUAUUAUCGGACGCAAUCCAUCCAAGACUGAAUCUAUGGCCAAGUCCAUUUCGACUGCGCGUUACGGAUCGAAGGUCAUUGGAAUUGGCGGUGUGGAUGUGAGAAACAUAAAGAAUUUGGAGAGUGCGGUAGAGACAUGCGUGAGGGCAUUAGGGGGCAUUGACUUCGUUAUCGCUGGAGCAGCAGGAAAUUUCAUUUCACCCCUAGAAGGUCUCUCCUCAAACGCUUUCCGAACUGUUCUUGAAAUCGACACUCUCGGCUCCUUCAACACCCUCAAAGCGACUCUCCCACACCUCAUAAAAUCCGCCUCUGACCAUCCAAACACAGCUUCUAAUCCCAACACCGGAGGUCGCAUAAUUUUCAUCUCUGCCGCGUUCCACUUCACAGGAAUGCCACUUCAGGGGCACGCAGCAGCAGCAAAAGCAGGCGUCGACGCUAUUUCUGCAACAGCCGCGUUGGAAUACGGGCCACGGGGAAUCACUAGUAAUGUGAUUACUCCAGGACCCAUAGAAGGAACAGAGGGAAUGGCACGGCUGGGCGAUAAGGAGAGCGAAGCUAGCGGGGAUGCGCAACGAAGAAACCCGUUGGGGAGAUAUGGCACAGUAAAGGAAAUUGCAGACGGAACUGUGUACUUGUUCAGCGAUGCGGGCAGCUUUGUCAAUGGUGAAGUUUUGGUUAUUGACGGAGGAAAUUGGAGGCUCCCAGGAGGAAUGGCUGGAGCAAAGAGAUAUCCCGAUUAUUUACUAGACGAUUCAUUCGUACGAAGAAAGGAGUCAAAGCUGUGA